ACACGGGCCCGCCUUGCGAAGGUGGCUGGGCAGCCUCCCCAUCUAAGCCUGGGUCGCCGCCUCCGUGAGGGGCCGCGGAGCCGAGCACGGGAAGUGGAGUCCAGUCGGUUCUUGGCAGGCGAGAGCCAGUGCGGGAGAACCCUCCCACGGCGAGGCCGAGCCCUGAGACUGGACUAGCACGGUUGUGAGUCUCUCAGGUCUCCGCAGCGAAGUGGCGCGGGGGGCGGGGACCGUGCCCGACCGUGCCAGCUCCCGCCCCGGAAGCGGAAGUGCAAGCACUGCGGGGUCCUGUCCAGUGUGAGCCCGACCCGAGCGCCAGUCGUUCCGCCCGCUGGUCAUCGCGCCAUCUGCCCUGCCGGUGUCCUGCUCGCCGUCCCCGCCAUGCUGUCUUUAGACUUUCUGGACGAUGUGCGGCGGAUGAACAAGCGGCAGGUGCAAUGAGAGAAAUGCAAAGAUAGUUAAGAAAGACUCGGCCUUCAAGAAGCCUAAAUGUGUAGAAAAGAACUAAGGCAAAACAAUAACUUUUUUGAGCUCUUACCAUGCGUGAAGCACUUUAUACACAUGUAAGCUCUAUUAUCAAGUCCUAAAUUUCGGAAUGAUUGUCUCAUCAGCACUAAUGAUCUGGAAGGGGUUAAUGGUAAUAACUGGAAGUGAAAGUCCAAUUGUAGUGGUGCUCAGUGGCAGCAUGGAACCUGCAUUUCAUAGAGGAGAUCUUCUAUUUCUAACAAAUCGAGUUGAAGAUCCCAUACGAGUGGGAGAAAUUGUUGUUUUUAGGAUAGAAGGAAGAGAGAUUCCUAUAGUUCACCGAGUCUUGAAGAUUCAUGAAAAGCAAAAUGGGCAUAUCAAGUUUUUGACCAAAGGAGAUAAUAAUGCGGUUGAUGACCGAGGCCUCUAUAAACAAGGACAACAUUGGCUAGAGAAAAAAGAUGUUGUGGGGAGAGCCAGGGGAUUUGUUCCUUAUAUUGGAAUUGUGACAAUCCUCAUGAAUGACUAUCCUAAAUUUAAGUAUGCAGUGCUCUUUUUGCUGGGUUUAUUCGUGCUGGUUCAUCGUGAGUAAGAAACCUGCCUUGCUGUUCCUGGGAAGAUGCCAUACUUUUCGUUACUGGAUGUUUGGAGUAGAUACUGGUCUGUGAUUGGUGGAAUGGAGAACACACGUGUUGGUGCUUCUUGGUAGCACUGGUUUGCAUUAGUUUAUGUUUCCACGCCAGAGUUUGUGUGGGCGGGCGCAUGUGUACCACAGAGUGCACUUGAGGGGACUUUCAGUCACAGGAUUUCAUAAUUGUCAUUGUCACACUUUCACAUUUUUGUACAUCAGUGAAUUUUUUAUAUUAAAAGGUUGAGCCAAAGCCCCCAGUGUUUGUAUUUUGAAGCCAAGCUUCACUUCUAAAGUGCCUACAGAGACUUGUAAAUGAAAAUGCAGCUCUGCAUGAGUUUGAAACCGUCAUACCUCCUUCUAAUAGGAAUGGCAUAUACUGAGGUGGUCGUAAGUCUUAACUUUUAAAAUUUUAAAUAAAAGACUUUGCACAUUGAA